AUGAGCAAAGAUGGCUGGUUGGUUGAAGAAAAUGACGUGAUUACUUCUCAAGCACAACACGAAGAUCAUUUUCAAUUGGAACAACUGAAUCUCAUAGACGAACAUAAGUUAAUGAUGGCGAUGAAAACGACCGAUCUCGAUUCCGACUCCGGUAUAUCAUCAGUAAGACGAAGACGUAGCAAGGUGGCCACAUCUCUAUCAGGAACACAUGUUACUACAGACGAUGAAUUAGAGGAUGAUGAUCAUCUUCGAAAAGGUUCUUCUCGUGCCAAUACCGCCGAUCUGCAGCAUCGCGCAUCAGAUGCUUCAUCGAUUACAGACUUUACGAUAAAAACUUCCAGUGAAUUCCAUCUGAACACUUCAAAAGCAAGCAGUCGAGCAUCAGGAUUAAAUCUUCCUCCAUUAACAUCACCAGCGUUAGCUGUCACAACGACUCAGAUGGCGAGCGCAAGUGGAAUAGGUCCGAAGCUCAAUGAUACAAAAGAAAAACGCGGCGUGAGAAAAUUUAUACGAAAGAUUUUCAAAUCAUCACCAUCGUCAUCGACGUUAUCGAAUCCACCGAAAAGUCCGAUCAAUUUACGAUCAGACAAUUUCAAUCCAUCCAAAAGCCCACAAUUGAAUAUCGAUCUUGUUCAUGGUACAGCAUAUCCGCCGAUGAGUCCAUUACCUGUUACGCAAGGUCCUAUACGUUUACUGGUUCUUCGACACGGCGAACGACUAGAUCGAUAUUAUUCUUCACAAUGGUUGCGACAAGCUUUUGAUAAAGACGGAAAUUUUUGUCGUUUCUCACCGAUUUUGCCAGAAACUUUACCGUUUCGUGCGUCCAUUCGUGAUUUCGAUCUUGAUCCGCCGCUUACAUACAAAGGUCUCAAAGACGCGUUUCACACAGGAACUGUGCUACGAGAUAAAGCUAUACAUAUCACCUACUGUUAUUCGUCUCCAGCGUUGCGUUGUGUUCAAACAGCUUCAAAAAUUCUCGAAGGUUUACAAUUACAGAAUAAAUUGAAAAUUCGUAUUGAACCAGGUCUAUUCGAAUGCACUGGAUGGUACACAGCAAGUGAGACAAGCAACGUGUUAACAAUGCCACGAUUUAUGACAAAGAAAGAAUUGAUUGAGAACAAGUAUUCGAUCGAUAAACAUUAUACCGAACAUAUGACAAUAGCCGAAGUUUCACAAUUCGAAACUGAAUUGGAAUUCUAUCAGCGAAGCCAUGCUGUCACUGCGAGCCUAAUGAAAAUGCACGAAGCUGAAUAUAUAUCGCAAAUUCAACAAGGACAAUUGUCACCGCAAUAUCACUUACAUAUUCUAUUCAUUGCACAUGCACCAAGCUUAGAAACAUGCACGCGUAAACUGUGUGGCGGAAAAUUUCGUCCCGACACGUUGCCACAUGUUAUUCGAAAUGUUGAUUUUCUAACGAUGACUGUUAUCGAGAAAACGGAUAAUAAUGCUGAUAAAUGGGUAUUUCGUCGGAGUUCAUUCUAUGGUGAUGAAUUCUAA